AUGGAGAAGGAGACUCCGCCGCUGCAUAGCAGGGACGACCUGCAGGACGCCACUGCAGCAAGUGUUGUUUCAUCCGAGCAACGGCCGCGGCCUCACCUCUGCAUCGACAUCCUGGCAGAUCACCUCCCGACGCCGACGCCGACGCCGACGCAAGCCGGCAUGAGCAUCACCCCACCUUCCAUCAGGAGGGGGCAGCAGACAAGCAGCAACAUCCCCAGCACGCCCGUUUCUUCCUCCAGCAGCAGAAGCAGGCCGCCUCUGCGAUCGCCGUCCUUCAUGCUGAGGCAGACGGUGAAGAGCCUGCUGCCGGCGGGGAGCUUCAAGUCGUCGGCCGUCGUCAGGGGCUACGAGGCCUCCUUCUCCAAGCUGUUCAGCAGCGCCACCAAGACCAAGGUGAUGGCCAGGACGUCGUCGCUCCCGCUGGACGAUGCUCUGUCCUCGUCACAGCCACAGCCACCAAUUCAGCCGAAACCAGGUGCAGCAGUCCACCACAUCUGCCGUUCGCAGUCCCUCCCCAUGAACAUGAAGAAGCUGAACGCCAACGCCAAGAGCUUCAAGAGGAUGGACUCGCUAGGCGGCAUGUACCGCGUCGUGUCUUCCACUCCCAGAGCCCCUGUUGUCGACCCUGACAUAGUCCCUUCAGAUUCAGGGACGACCGGCGGCGGCGGCCACGACGACGAUGGCGGCGAGGACAUCCCGGAGGAGGAGGCGGUGUGCCGAAUCUGCAUGGUGGAGCUGUCGGAAGGCAGCGACACCCUCAUCAAGCUGGAGUGCUCGUGCAAGGGCGAGCUGGCGCUGGCGCACAGGGACUGCGCCGUCAAGUGGUUCAGCAUCAAGGGCACCAGGACCUGCGAGGUGUGCAAGCAGGACGUGCAGAACCUCCCCGUCACCCUGCUGCGUGUCCAGAGCGUGCAACAGCGCGACCUGAUGAAUCGCGGCGGAGGGAGCACGGCCAGAUACGAUCGGUACAGAGUGUGGCAUGGGACGCCUAUCCUUGUAAUCAUAAGCAUCCUGGCCUACUUCUGCUUCGUGGAAGAAUUACUGGUGGCCCAUGACGGCAUUGCUGCGCUGGCUAUAUCGCUGCCCUUCUCAUGUAUCCUGGGCCUCUUCUCAUCCUUGACUACCACAAGCAUGGUGGCAAGAAGAUACGUAUGGAUCUACGCGGCGGUUCAGUUCCUCUUGGUCGUCUUCUUCACCCAUCUCUUCUACAGAUAUCUCCAUUUGCAGGCUGUGAUAUCCAUCAUCCUGGCGACCUUCGCCGGUUUCGGCGUGGGCAUGACCGGCAACUCGAUCGUCAUUGAGAUACUACGGUGGAGGGCGAGGCGGGUGGCGCCUCCUACCCAGCAGGCCCGCCGUCACCGCAGGGCGCGUGCACCUCAGCAGCUACAGGCUCCGCCGGCAUCUGAUUCUGAUCAACCUUCCAGUCAACCUUCAUCUGCAGACGUGGGAAUGGGAGUGGGACAGCACAACGCCGUGGCCGCCGCCGGCGAUGUUGAGAACCCACCCGUCCCUCAGGCAUAG